GGCCGCGCUCGCCGCCCGCGGCGCCACCGGAGGCACCGGCGGGGCCUCCCCCGGAGCCGCCCCCGGCCCUGCGCCGCUGCCGCUGCUGCUGGCGCUGCUCGGCCGCCACUGCGCCUGCGGGACGGUGCGCCGGGCCCGGCAGCGCGGCGGGCCCGGAGACGCGGCCCGCGGUACCGGGAGAGGAACCGGCAGCGGCGGCUCCGGGAGCGGCGGCGGCUCCGGGCGCGGCCGCUGGGGAGGCUCCCGGGGCCGGUGCGGGCUGGGAGCGCCGCGGGGCGCCCUGAUGGCCGCGAUCGGUGCCGGGGCCUUCGUGUGGGACGGGCAGCGCAUCGAGGAGGAGGAGCUGAGGCGGUCGGCGCAGGCGCUGCAGCAGCUCGAGGACCCGGCGGCGUUCCCGGAGCAGGAGCGGGGCUGGGAGCCGGUGAUGCAGCGGGAACGGUUCCGCCUCUGGCGCCGGCCCAUCCCCGGCUCGGCGCUCUUCCAGUACCGAGUUUUUGGCUCCUACACCGACGUCACUCCCAGGCAAUUCUUCAACGUCCAGCUGGACACCGAGUACCGGAAGCAGUGGGACUCGCUGGUGCUGAAGCUCGACGUGGUGGAGCGGGACCCGGCCACGGGAUCGGAGGUGAUCCACUGGGUCACACAGUUCCCGUACCCGAUGUACUCCCGGGAUUACGUUUACGUCCGGCGCUACAGCGUCGACAGCGACCGCAACCUGAUGGUGCUGGUGUCCAGGGCCGUGGAGCAUCCCGGGAUUCCCGAGGACCCCGAGCACGUCCGGGUCCGCAGCUACGAAUCGCACAUGGUGAUCCGGCCCCACCGCGGCUUCGACGAGAAUGGUUUCGAUUACCUGCUGACGUACAGCGACAACCCCCAGACCGUGUUCCCGCGCUACUGCCUCAGCUGGAUGGUGUCCAGCGGGAUGCCGGAGUUCCUGGAGAAGCUGCACUCAGGGAAAAAGAGAAAAUGAGGAGGAAAAAAAUAG